AUGCAUCUAUUGACCGAGACUGCGAUCAGUGAUAGCAGAGAAUAUGAAGUCCUGUCAUUUGACGAAGUGGAACAAUUGAAAAGGGAGAGGAUAUACUUGCGAGGCAAAAUUGACACCACAAAGAGGAAGCUGGGUCUAGAGAGUAAAUUACGUGACGCAGCACAAUCUCUCAACCGACUCUAUUCUACUCGUGAGAAGGGCGAGAGUCCUAACUCCCCCACCAAAAAGCGCAGAAGCUUCUUAGGUGCGAGGGGCUCGCCGAACGAAUCAGUAGCUCGCGCUGACGAUGAAUUGACCGCGAGCAAUAAAAAGGUGGAGGAACUCACCCUGGCAGUGAAACAGUUGGAAAAAAAGUACGAAACCACUGAGCGACGCAUCCUAGAACAUACCGCUGGCAUAUUACAAAUGACACACAGGGGGCUAAAGAAGAACAUCAGACGGACAGAACUGCCAAGGAGCCCAGAGAGCAUGACUAGCCAGCCAAUUGGUCGCGGUUCCGGUAUGACAGAUGGUAUUGACGAUUUCGAUGAGCGAAGUCUCUAUCAGGUUCCUGAUUAUGUUACCGAGUUUGGACCUGCCCCUGGUCCUGUGAGUAAAGGAAGGCCACCUAGUCGGGAUGCCCAACCCAUUGACGACUUCGCCAAUCGCUUACAAGAACUCAAUUCUCGGCUGCAUACCAUGAUCACACAAGCCGGUCCACACGAACAUUUUGACCCUCCUCCUCAACCGACCGAUGAACACGUCCUCGGACGGGUGGGUGCACAAAUCCAAGCUUACCUAGGCUACAUGUCGCAAGGCUUGGAUGCUAUGCAAGCGGCUCAAGCUCGUGCAACUGCGGCAGUCGAGAAAUCUUUGUUUGAUUCUGAAGAUCAGGUUGAAGAUGUUAAUAUUCGUUUGCAAGACAUGCUCGAGAGGACAAAUUCUGUUAGUCACAGUCCUUUACUGCCUCAAGAAGAGCCUCGUGGAAAGGACUUGCAGUCUCAACUGGCAUUCUCGUCUGUUGUCCUGGAGCGCUUGAACUCCCGAGUGGAGACCCUUAUUGAGCAGAAAGACAUCUUGACCAGACAAAUUCAGCAACAGCGUGAGCUGAACAGCAAAUCUGAUGCUCAGCGAGAUGCUCACAUCCAUGAGAUCACCGAGGAGUUGGAACAGUUGAAGAAGCUUCGUGCAGUUCACGAGGAAGAAUCCCAACAUUCUCGCGACCAAAUCAAUCUCCUUAUGGAACAGUUAGAUAACGCCAAACAGGAAAAUAUUCUUCUUGAGCAACAACGAGGAGUCAAUGAUGGCAAAGCUGUCGAAGCAGAGCGUUCAGCGCGAAAAGAGAUGGAAGACAGGCAUCAAUUGAACCUGAAGACCAAACAAGACGAGUUCGCUGCAUUACUAUCAGAGUUCAAUCAGCUCCGCGCUGGCACAGAAUCAAGUUCACGACAAGGGUUGUUGCAAGUACAAGAACUGGAGGCGGCCAAGGCUCAAGCCGAAGCCGAGCUGGCAAAGGCAAAGGAGGAAGUGAAAGUCCUCGAGUCAGAAGUCGCCAGAGCACAAACCGACCUGACCGUGGUCAAAGCAGAAUUGGAUGGGGCAUACGGUACGCGUGCUCAACGGGCAGCUGAUGUCUCCCUGAACCCAGCCGUUCAGAAAGAAAUCGAUGAUCUGAACGCCCGCAAUGCAGAUCUGGAAAGCCAAUUAGAGUUUUUGACCACGCAGCACCAGACCAAGGGCGCCGGUAGUGCAGAAUUGCAGAAUAAAGUCAACGCACUGCAGCAAGAAUUGAAGGACACGAUCGAAGAAUACGAAGUCAUGACAAAGCAAAGUAUUGACGAUGAGAAAGAACGUGACCAUCUCGAAGAAAACGUCGACACGCUUCAGCAACGAUGCGAGACGCUUGAGAUGCAGCUAAAUGAGGAGAAGUUGAAAUGGCUUGGUGUCAAGGCGGGCUCUCCCACUGAAGUCAUGUCGACCAUGGUCCUGAAGAAUGAGUUCAAAAAGAUGAUGCGUGAGACUCGUGCAGAAAACAUCAAGACGAUCAGGGUAAGUGAUGACCUCGAGGGCAUCAUUAGAGGUGGUUCUAACAGAUUCAUAGGCGGAGCAGGAAGAACGACGAAGAUUAGAGGGCAUCAUUAA